UCUAUUCUUGUCAUCGGGCCUUGGAUAUGUAAAUACUCGACAUUUACCCCGAUGCUGACGUGUUGUGUAUCGGGUACUAUCUGCCUAUCCCCCUAUUGAUCCAGUCCACAUGGUCGUAGCACCGAGCCGUUUGACUUGAUCACGCUUAAUAACUCUCCCACCACCUGUUCGCUGGCCUUGACCGCGACACAGAAUCGCCCAGCGCGAACAGACAUGCCCCAGAGCGCACUCCUCCCAUCGCACCUACCGCAGGCACCAUGUGGCGCAGGACCUACUUCCUGCUGAUUCUCGUGCGCAUCUACUUUGCGCUGUCGCCGAGCUACCUCCACCCGGACGAGAACUUCCAGGGUCCUGAGGUAGUCGCAGGUCGCGUCUUCUCGUAUCCGGUACUCGAAACAUGGGAGUUCACGUCGGCGCAUCCCAUCCGCAGCACCUUCCCGCUAUGGCUCGCAUACGGUUGGCCUAUGUACAUUCUGCGCUGGCUCUGGGAAGGCUUCAGAUACGGGGAGGUUUCGCCGUCGGUCGUCUACUGGACGCUGCGCGUGCUGAUGCUCUCGCUGAGCGUUGUGCUUGAGGACUGGGCAAUACAAGAGCUGGUGCAGUCGCGGCGCGCCCGACGCGUCGCUCUGCUGCUGAUCGCGUCGUCGUACGUAACGUGGACCUUCCAGACACACACCUUCUCGAACAGCCUGGAGACGCUGGUUGUGAGCUGGAGCUUGGUCUUGAUACAGCGCAUUGUGGAAGAUAAGAAGCGCUCCGGCAUCUUAGCUUCCUCACUGCUGGGCUUCUUUGUUGUCGCAGGCACCUUCAACCGAAUCACCUUCCCUGCUUUCCUGGCUGUGCCAUCUUUCAGCUUGCUACCUCAUUUCUGGAGAAAACCAUUCUCACUUGUAUUCAUAAUCCUCUUUGCGAUCUUGACUGCGUUCCUAGCGAUCAGUGUCGACACGGCAUUCUAUACCCCAGGCGACUUCACAUUUGCGCAAGUUUUACAUAAUCCCGUCAUUACACCACUCAAUAAUUUCCUAUACAACUCUGACUCGGCGAACCUGGCCCAGCAUGGUCUCCAUCCUCGCUACCAGCAUUUCCUUGUCAAUCUGCCACAACUACUCGGUCCAGCCACCGCCCUUCUCUUCCUUCUCCGCCGAUCACAAAUCACCAUGACCUUGGUCUCCGCGCUCUCUGGCAUUGCGCUCCUCAGCGUCUUUCCACACCAGGAAGCUCGUUUUUUGCUUCCUGCUGUCCCACUGAUACUUGCAUCUGUCUCUCUUCCGAGAGUUCAAAGGAAGUUCUGGAUAUCAGCAUGGAUUCUGUUCAACGCCGUACUAGGGGUUUUGAUGGGCGUCUAUCACCAGGGUGGAAUCGUACCGGUGCAAAUGCACAUCGCGAAGACAAACGAGGCUGUCGGCCAUGCGUUCUGGUGGAAGACAUAUAGCCCUCCCAUCUGGCUCCUGAACGGCAAGAAUGAGGAACUCAGAACAGUCGAUUUAAUGGGAAUGUCCGGAGACAAGAUGCUCGAACAAGUGGGUGCCGUACUCCCGACAUGCCGCACUCGUAAACCCCCAAAGCUCCGAGACAGACCAGCUGUCUACCUGGUCGCACCCCGAUCGGCCUACUUUCUGCAUCCUUACCAUGACUCCGCCAAGCAUGAGGACAUCUCCCUCGAAGAAGUGUGGACUUUCCGGCGCCAUCUCAAUCUCGAUGACAUGGACAUUCCCAAAGAUGGGUUCUGGAAGACCAUGGGCCGCGUAGUUGGUGAUCGCGGGCUGGUCGUCUGGCGCGUCACAAGGAACUGCUGGUCUAAGCAGACCCAACCAAUUUCCUGACAAAUUACUUUUUUGGUGCCAGGCGCUCUGGGCUGAACGUAGAUGAUGGGCGCGAGCUAUCUUCUGGCUGGCAUGGAUUGCUUUUUCGGCUCUUGAUACCCUUUUGCAAAUAGGCUUUGUAAUAUUCACUCAAUGACUAUGUGAACCAUCUCACAC